CCCUCUUCUUGUCCCUGUUCUUACACGACGAGGCCUCGUGUACUGCUACACCUCUCUCCAUCAACUCUCCCCCCCCCCUCCCCGGUGUCUCAAUCUCUGUCCUUCUAGGAUAGCAUCUUUUUUUCCCUUCAGCAGUCACCAGGUCGUCCAUCGUCUAUCUUUGGCAACCCGUCCCAUUCCCACCCUUACCACUUUGACAGUCAAGCCAACUUCUUGUUUGAUUGUUUGCUCGUCCCAAGAUGUCUCCCGCCAAAGACCCUCUUCCUUCGGGAGGUGGGACCACCCCACCGUCCGAAUCCGACCAUGCUGUUCAUGACGACAAGAAUGGCUCUCCAGGUGGCAAGCGGGAGCUCACUCUCGAGAUGGCUGAGGACGAUCUGCCCUUUGCAUGGCCCAGCUGGAAGAAGUGGUGGGUCCUCACCGUCAUCUUCCUGGUUCAGACGUCCAUGAACUUCAACACAUCGCUGUACUCGAACGGUCUCGACGGCAUCGAGGCGGAGUUUGGCGUGUCCGCUCAGGUGGCCCGGUUGGGUGCCACGCUGUUCUUGAUCCUGUACGCCUUUGGAUGUGAGCUCUGGGCGCCCUGGUCCGAGGAGUUCGGCCGCAAACCCAUCAUGCAGGCCUCGCUCUUCCUCGUCAACGUCUGGUGUGUUCUCGUCGCCUUGUCCCCCAACUUCGGCUCGCUCCUAGUGGGACGUUGUCUGGGCGGUCUCUCCUCAGCCGGCGGCAGCGUCACCCUGGGCAUGAUUGCCGACAUGUUUGACGCCGACCACCAGCAAUAUGCCGUUGCAUAUAUCGUCCUGUCCUCGGUCGGCGGUUCCAUCCUUGGUCCUAUCGUCGGAGGCUUUGUCCAGUACUUUCUGACCUGGCGCUGGUGCAUCUGGAUCCAGCUUAUCUUUGGCGGUUUCGUCCAGCUGUUGCACCUGCUCACGGUCCCCGAGACCCGUACGACGGUCUGCCUCGACAAGAUCGCCAAGAAGCGCAGAAAGGCUGGCGAGGAGGGCAUCUACGGCCCCAACGAGAUCAAUCCAGUCCUUAAGCGCAUGGAUUUCAAGGAGAUCUGCCAGACCUGGUACCGGCCAUUCAAGAUGUUUGUGACGGAGCCCAUCGUCCUGACGCUGUCUCUGCUGUCCGGUUUCUCCGACGCCCUUAUUUUCAUGCAGAUUCAGUCCUUCAGCUUGGUGUACACGCAGUGGAACUUCAACGCCUGGCAACUGGGCCUGGCCUUCAUUCCCAUCGGAAUCGGUUACCUCGUCGCCCACGCGAGUUUUAUCCCGGCCAUCAGGCGUAACAUACGCCAGCGGGAGUCCAAGCCCGGCGACGAGCACGCGCAAUAUGAGAGCAGGCUGUGGUGGCUGCUUUUCACGGCGCCCUGCCUGCCAAUCGGCCUGCUCAUCUUUGCCCUGACGUGCAACGGUCCUCCUAUCCACUGGAUCGGCUCCAUGUUUGCUUCUGGUAUCAUCGGCAUUGCCAACUACGCCAUCUACAUGGCCACCAUCGACUACAUGGUCUGCGCAUAUGGGCCCUUCUCAGCGUCCGCCACGGGUGGCAACGGCUUCUCGCGUGAUUUCCUCGCUGGUGUCCUCACCAAUGCCGCCACGCCUUUCUACACCAACAUCCCGGGCCCUCAGAAUAAGCCUCUGCAGAACGCGUCCUUCAUCCUCUUCGCCAUCUCCUUCUGCCUUGUCGGUGCCGUCUAUGUCAUUUACUGGUUUGGACCCACGCUGCGCAAGAACUCGGCCUUCGCUCAGACGCUUGCCAAGGAGGCUGCGGAGCACCACCGCCGGCCAUCUGCCGCCGCAACGGGUGGUGCCGCCGGCCCGACCGAGAAGGAGAAGGAGGAAAUCACAGAGACGGCUCCAGUUUAUGCCUCUCGCCCGAGACUUGGACCUGGCUCACGGACCAGCUCGUACCAGAUUAGCAAGGAUAUCGCCUCGCGCAACGCAAGCCGCAACGCCAGCCGGGCGCACAGCCGUGCACACAGCUUCGAGGAGUCCAGGGGCCAUGGCUCAGAGCCGCACACUCCCGGGGCUCAUGGACAUCAACAUGUGCACCACCGAGACCUCGAGCAGCGGCUACACGGUCUCGGACGCAUUGACUCGGAGGUCCAGUAGGAAGGUUCCUCUCCUCGUUGAUACGGCUAACGAGAAAGCAAUAGCAGCAGCCAAUCACAAAAAGUCUGUGAUCAUGUAAGAGGGUCAAGUCAAAUACCCUAGGUGUUGCAUUUCGGAGCCCUCCCUUUUUGUCUCUUUAUUUUUUUUUUCCUUUCCUUCUGCUUCAUUCAGGAUCAGCUCGGCACCUCGGGAGUUUUCAUAAUACCAGAGGAGCCAACAUGGUUUAGGGAUCGUGAUCCUUGGUCUCUUCUCUGUCUGGCUUUUUGCAUGGAUGGUGGACUGCCAGUCGGGAUUUUUAUGACGAUAUGCGUAGACCUGAGUGCAUGUUGGUCAUUAUAGAUACCCAAUACCACGUUUUUGUUUCUUCUCUG